AUGUAUGGAGACUUGGGCAUCAAAUUGGUUCAACACGCCAAGAGAACUCAGAAUCUCGCACAUCUGCCUCCAUACCAGACUGAGCUCGUUCGUGCAGUCACCAGAGAAGUCAGAGACCUCAACAAAGAUGUUGACGAUCUUCUGGAGCCCUUCCAGGGCUCGUUCGACCCAGCAGAGGACCAGGCUGUUGCAUACACACUACUUGUGAACCACAUCUCAAUGCGCAGAAACAAGCGAUGCUUGCUGGCAUAUCACAGAACUCGUACUGAUAAAUUGGAGGAGCUCGUCUGGAAUGGCGCUGAUGUCAUUGACUUGUCCGGCCAACAGGUACGAGAUGCUGGUGCAUCCGGCAGCGGCAAAGGAGUGACGAGCGGCGAUGGAUCCACGAGCAGUCUCAGCCCACAGGAGGAGGAUUACGUGCGGCAAUACGGUGAUUUACUGGCGGCUUACAAGGGACAGUGGACGGACAUUGAUCUCACUGGGAGCCUAGAGCCACCAAGGGACCUUUUCAUCGACGUUCGUGUUCUCAAAGAUGCGGGUGAAAUUCAGACAGAAUAUGGUGCAAUUACCUUGACAAAGAACAGCCAAUUCUAUGUCCGACAAGGAGACGUGGAGAGACUGAUUGCACAAGGAUAUCUGCAGAAGCUCAGCUAA